CUGGGCCACGGGUCCAGUUUUGAAUGGGACAAGGCUCUGCCGCCUGCCGUUUGCACGUCACGUUCUCUCGCUGGGCUCUGUUUGUUUGGGACGGCAUCGUUCGGUUUCAUUUUAAAACGCGUCCUCAACCGAAGCGAACGCAGGUUGAGCUGGGUGUCUCCGCCGUCGUUUCGUGGUAGUAUUCGCAGUUUCGCGCAGUCGGUGGACUCCAAUCGCCUUUGGGUUGGAAUCCGAUUUUUGCAUCUCCGUUGCAUCUCCCCGUGCUCCCCGGGGUGGGAUAGUGCAUCAUCACUGCCCCUUCACACCCCGCCCAACUAUUCGCUUAUCGCGAGGUAUUUACUAGGCCAAACACAACAAAACCAAGAACACGACCGUUUGCCAAACCCAGUUUGAGAUGAGUGUUUAGUUGCGUGCGCGAAGUGAUUUUGUUGGUUCUAUCUCGCUUUCAGUGUACAAAGAGGAAAGAAAAGUGUCGCGAUCGCGUUGAAGUGAAAAGUGGCAGUGCAAUAAACGGUUGAUUUGAAAACGCACUUGUACCAACCCCUACAGGAAGCAACAACAAAAAACAAACAAACAAACACAUAUCGAGCAUAUAUUACACAAAGCUAGACAAACAAGCACAACAGUUUGGUUUGUCCGGUUCGUGAUCGGUUUUCUAGCCACCUAGCUACCGCCCAGCAAAAAGGCCCAGUUUGAAACCCACAACAAAUUAAUGCAAGCCGCGCGGAGAGCGAAAGACUCCAGCGAAAGACAGACUCCGACCUGUGUGUGUGUGUGUGUGUGAGUGUAUUCAAGUGUGUGGCUGUGUGCGCGCCGUUUUCUUCCUUUCUUCUAUCAUUCCACCGGAACCACGGCACACCGGUGCGUGCACGGGGUGGAACACAACAAAAACGGUGAUAAUUAAAAUUUAUUGAAAAUCUAUGUUAAUUUGCCACGGUUUGUCACCGAGACGAGGAAACAGAGAGAGAGAGAGAGAGAGCAGUGUGUAGAGGAAGUGACCACAAAGUGCUUGCGUGUGUGUGUGUGUGCUUGUGGGUCUGUUUCGAUAGUGUUUGAGGGUGAUCUGCGGUGCGCUACUAGCAAUCGGUCUCCCCCAAAACUCCAACACACGCGGGUUCGUUGUUUCGCGCCAUUCGGUCAGAGACUUGAGUUGAGGGAUACACUCGCCAUCGCCAUACAGCGGUGCAGCUCGCAGCAGUGCAUCAACGGGGGUUUGUCUUCAAACCAGUGGACAACAUCCUAUCUCGGCACAAACCGUCGCCGGGCAUUCGUGUUAAUUAGGGUGGCGAUUUAUGUGAAGAUUCUCCCAUCGUGAUCCUGCUACCACUACCGCUACCUGUGAAACAGAACGUGUACCAGUAGUGGCUGUAUAGGUGGAUCUGUUUCUGUGUAUGUAUGUGUGUGUGAGUGGGUGGAAAACCAAGCCAGUUUGGCACAGGUGAGAAAUUGUGAGCCACUUUGACUACCCUGCGAGGAGAGUUCGGGUGCAAUUAAAAAGGGAACGACACUGACGGGCAACAGUGAGUGUGCCAUCAUAUCGUACCGAGUCGUCAUCGCCUGCAGACAAGUGUCCGGCUCCUGUGCGGGUUUAUAUUUCAGAACUUGCAAAGGUCAUAAACAGAACCUUGCUGUGUAGACAAAGCGAGAGAGAGCUCAAUGCGAGGCACAGCAGUGUUGGCGAGCGUAAGCGAACUUUGUGCGUACUUGGCCCUGCCAUCGAGUGAUGGCCAGUAAUGGGGGGACUCUGCAUGGGGUUCCCCAAAGUGUGUCACAGCAGCAGCAGCAGCAGCAGCAGCAUAUCUGCUCCCAGUGUGGCCUAUACUUUGAGAGUGCGUCCUCGUUGCAGGUGCAUCAUAUGCACUACCAUCAGCAUGACAGCAUGAAUCGCUGGGGUUCGUCGCAGCAGCAGCAGCCAGUGGUCAGUACAACGCUUGCAACGACAGCGGUCGCGACGACGACAACGGCCGCCACCAUCACAACGAACGGUUCGGUCGUCCCCUCGUCCACGACGCCCACCUCCUCCGACACGGAGAACAACAACCAGCCCGGGUCGCUUACCCCCACGGGCGGCUUGAAGCCGGUCGCUUCGCCGCAGCAGCAGCAGCAGCACCAUACGACGAUAGCAGCGGCCGCUGACUCGAGCGAUAAUCAGCCGCCAACGCCCCAGCCCACCAUCACGGAGCCCGGAACUCCGCAAAGCUACAGUGGUGGUGGUGGUGGUACAUCACCCUACCACACUCAGCAACAUCAGCAGCAGCAGCAGCAGCAGCAGCAACAAGUGAGUCAGCAUCAGCUAGGACUGCCGAGCGGUGCGCCCGGCAGCGAGAUGCACUAUCCGAGCUACAUCCAUCCCGGGUACGAUUACGCGUACGCCGGCGGCCCGGGGCUCGACUAUGGCGGUGGUGGUGUGCUCGGUGCACCGCUCCAGCCGACCGACUACAAGUCCAGCUCGUCGGUCGUGUCGUCCGCCCGGUACCAUCCGUACGGUGGCCCGGGAAGCAACGGCCCGGCGGAUGGUUCGUCGCCGGCCGUGGUCAGCAGCAACGGUUCGGCUGGCAUGAGCCCGCAGGUGGUAAGUUCUUCCAACGGGGUCAGCGUGGCGGGAAGUGGCAGUGCUGGAGCGGGCAGUGUAACGACGGUCGCCAGCACCACCUCCCAGUCGCAGUCGUCGCACUCGCCGCAGAAUGGGACGGGCGGGUCGAACAUUCCGCCGACUCCGUCCCCAUCGCCGAUCCAGUGCGAGAAGUGCGGGCUGGUGUGCGAGUCCGACGAGGCGCUGAACGAGCACGAGGCGACGGUACAUUCGAGCGUGCCGGUACAGUCGGCGCAGGACCAGCAGCAGCAGCAGCAGCGUGUCGAUCAGGUCGAUCUACAAACUGGCGGUGGUGCGAACUGCUAUCCGUACGGAGGUGGCGGCGGUACGCCCGGCUACCCCGUGAAGGAAGAGACGCCCGCCAGCGAUAUCCUCGAUCUCGACUCGCAGAAGAUGGUAGGCUAUGGGGCGGGCGCGGACGGCGGGCUCCUGCCACCGAUGAACUCGCUCCACCCGCUGCAGUCGAUGCAGCGCCACCCGAUGAUGGCCUGGCCGCACCACGACCCGCACAACUUUAUGGGGCCGCCGCCGCCGCUGCCCCCGCCACCGCACCAUGCCGGUGCCGAUAUGAAGCAUUCCGCGGCGGCAGCAGCAGCGGCCGCCGCCGCCUACUACCACCACCCGAUCAAGUCCGAGUACUCGGCCACCCCGUCGAUCAAGUCCGAGUAUCUGGGCGGCGGCGGAGGCAUCGGUGGCGGUGGCCAUUACGGUGCGCCCGGAGGUCCGAUGGUGAAGAACGAGUACAGCCUCGCGCCCACGCUACCGCCGCCGGCCGUUGCGCCGCAGGCGACGAACCCGCAGUCGAUGAAGCAGUACGCGGACGAGAUGCACGACAAUCAGCUCGCGACCAGCCCGUCCGACUUCCCGAGCACGACGACGCCGCAGGAAAGUGGCUCCCAGUAUCGGACGUUCGAGCCGGCCACCUCCUCGCUGCCGGGGACGGGCUCGGGCCCAACCAAGGGCACCGCGUGGAAGUCGAACGAGGCGCGCCGCCCCAAAACGUACAACUGCACCGCGUGCAACAAGUGGUUCACCAGCUCGGGCCACCUGAAGCGGCACUACAACACGACGCUGCACAAGAACGCGGUCAAGUCGAGCGGCCAGCCCGACCCGGCGACGCUGCCGAUCAGUGUGCACCAUCAUCCGGGGCGCGAUCCGAACUACGCCAACAAGGGGCGGCGCGGCGGAACCGGCAACGGUGGCGCCGGCAGUUCCGGCGGCGGCGGUGGCGCCGGUGGCGGUGGCUCCCAGCUGCAGCAAACGAUACAGCAGCCGGUACCGCCGCCCGACCCGCCCAGAAGUCCCGAGUACGGGGCGGCCGGCCAGCAGUACGCGGGGGCGGGGUUUCCAGCGGCCGGGACAUCGCCCGGCCAGCAGCAGCAUCCGGGCGGCGGCCAGCUAGUCAGCACGAACCAAUCGGCGGGGUUUCACCACCCGUACGCCGGCGCGACCAGCGCGAACGGCGGCAGCACGUCGGCGAGCAGCUCCACUUCUUCAGCGGUUCCCCCAAACGGGGUAGCAGGUCCCUCCGUCCAAGUCUCCCAACCGAGGGGCCUGCAGAUCUACUCGAACAGCAGCAGCAGCAGCAGCAACAUGGCGGAGCAAAUGGAGCAAGCCACCCAUACCAUUACCACCAUCCUCACGCCCACCACCCAGCAGCCCAUCUGCACGGCGGGCAUCCCGGACAUCCCGGGCACCACCAUCUGCACGGGCACGCGCACCCCGGGCACCCCGGGCACCCGCACGCCCCCCACCAUGGGCAUGGGCUCGCCGCAGCCGCCGCCUCACCAUCUGCAGCAGCGGCAGCAGCAGCAGCCGCCGCAGCAGCAGCUGCCGCCGCCCACCAUCAGUUCAAUGGAGCCCUACCACCACCACCACCACCACCACAUGCAGCCGCACACAAUGCACACGCACAUCUCCAAUCCUUUAACUAUCAGCACCACCAGCAUUCCAUCCUUCCAAACCAUCCUGCCGGAGGCGCCGAGCUAUCACCUUAUUAUUGGUAAUGGGCCGCAGUACCACCCGGGGGGGCAGGGGGCCCAUCAUCAGCUCCACCAGCCGGCGGGGGACGGUGGGCAGUGGGCGGACCUGCCCACCGAUGGGACGGAGGGGCUGAUCGAGUCGACGACGGGCGGACGCACGCCGUUGGGGUUUCCCCGAUGUGCGGGGGGCGCCGAGGUGUAUCAGGGCGAUACGGCGCCCCCCUUCUCACCUAACGUACCGGAGCAGUACCACCAGCAGCAGCAGCGGUCGGGGGGUGGUGAGGCCGGCCUACCCAUCGGCAUGACGAUGCUGCACGACGGCCAGCUGACGACCGAGUCCGGCAAGUACAAGGACUACCUGCAGUCCGAGGUCGACCCGUACCAGGAGCAGCUGCUGUACCGGGUGGCCACCCCGCAGCUGGGCGCCACCGCACCAUCCAUCUCGCCCGCACCCUGCUCCCCGAGCGUCACCUCGACGGACGUCGGGCAGACGCAGCUAGCACGAGCGCGGGGCCAGAAAGCGGCCCAAAACGGCAGCGCGAACGGACAGGCGCCGGAGAUCCACCGGUGCAUCGAGUGCGACAAGGUGUUCAACAAGGUGUGCUACCUGACGCAGCACAACAAAACGUUCCACUCGGGCGACAAACCGUACAAGUGUCACCGGUGCGGCAAGCGCUUCCCCUGCAACCAGUCGUACGAGGAGCAUCUGGCGAAGCACGGGGGCGAAAAACCGUUCAAGUGCGAGCAGUGCCCGAAGCAGUUCAACCACAAGACCGACCUGCGGCGGCACAUGUGCCUGCACAGCGGCUCGAAACCGUACGCCUGCGAGCAGUGCGGCAAGGGCUUCAUCCGGAAGGACCACAUGAUGAAGCACGCGGAAACGCACCGGAAGAAUGCGGCGGCGGCAGCGGCGGCGGCGGCCGCCGGCCACGAUGGCCCGAAGCGCCCCGGCAAGGGGCAGGGCGUCAUCAAGGGCGGUGGGCGCAAGAUCGUCGGCCUGAUGGACGAAUGACGGUGGCUGUCGCUUCGCUGUCUUACACCGGAGCAGUGAAAAGCCCUCGGUGGAGCCGGCGAUCGGAGCUUGCGGAGGUGUCUGCGUACACGUGAGUGAGUGCAGCGGGAGGGUAUUGUACAUUGGAGGGGAUUUUGUUUGUUUUUUUUUUUAUGUCGGGUGGGAGCACCGUGUGCAUGUACAGGGCUCGUGUGCGAGGUCGGAACCAUUUCGUAAGUGUAUCGUAAGCAAAGUUGUAGCCGUUUAAGUCAAGAGUGCGUGAAGAGAGUUACCUUCUACAGUUUAAACCGAUGGGGGAGAGGGGUCAUCGGACCCCGUACUAUGCAUGUGCGCAUUGCCAUUUCAAAUAAAACAUUUAAAAAAACCGGGUGCCAAACGGUGGAGGUGUUAGCCGCCCGAUAAAGUCCAUACAAUUCUACACGUGUAUCAGCUACCUCAGCGUCUUUAAGCAUUACAAUUUUCUGUUUUUUUUUCUUCUGUUCGAUUUUAAUAAAUAAACAAUCAAACUGGACUGCAAAGGCACCUGCCAGGAAAAGAGAUAGCCAAUCAGUAUAAAUAUAUGAUAUGAUAUGAUUUAGUUAAAUUGUAAACGCGAAAGUAUUACGUUAUCUAGUUAAGGCGCCACCUUUAAAACCCUCUUCCCCAGAACCCCUGAGUCCCCGAGCGGUGUUAGGAGGGGCAAGGGAGCAUUGACAAACCCAGAAGCAACUCAAGAUUCCUCAGGCUGCACCGGGCAAACCUUUACGCCGGUGCAGUGCACAAACGAUUCUACCUCAACAUGAGUAUGUUUUACAAGGCUCACACUUUUUCCACCAAGAUACCGGAUCCGGGCGUGCUGAAGGAUGAAGGAAAGCCAAUGUUUUUAAGAGAGAGAGAUAGAGUGUUUAUUUUCAGGCCAAUGCAGCCACUAGCUGGAUUCCCGAUUCCUAUCUGCGUGUGCUGGAACCGAUACGCUAUAUACAAAACCCUAUACCUACAUUAGUUUAUCUAGAAAGGUGACUAAACUAAACAAAAAUCAACCCAGGUGGCAGAGAUAGAGUUACCGUGUGCUGUGGGGUAGCGCACCGAAGACGGAAGCGCAUGGCAUCUUUUACUAUAUAUUUAUUAAUUGUAUUAUGUGACGGUUGCGACGGUGUUUCGCUGUAGGAAGAUAAAAAUAUACAUAUAGCUAUAUACAUACGGUGUAUCAGUACAUAAUAGAUGUGACAUACAAGUUCAAGCCAUGCAGAAGAAACACAUCAAACACAUUUUAAAGCAAUAAAAGAAUCUACCGCGUACGCGUAGUGUACCGUAAUCGCUGUUGGACGUGUUUUGUACAUCGGGGCGUGCUUGAUCGAUUUUAAUUGAAUCGAUUGGAAUGGGACAGGGAAGGCAACAGUUCAAAUUAACGAAUCGUUAGCAAAAUGAUGGAUGAGUAUAAAAGUGUAUAAAAACAAGGAAGAGACAUAAUAAUGUCUCACACACGAAUUGUUCCGUUUUUUCUCCUGGUGUAAUAUAUAACGUAGUGAUGUAAAGUAUUUAGAACUCAAUGUCAGCAGCUGUCAGCGUGCUCUGUUUCGUCCUAUUCUUCCAGCAAACAGAACAGAUUAAAGCAUGAAAAUAUAUAAUGGGAAGCAAGAGAAGAGGUAAAAUGGAAUGAGAGAGUGGAAAAGGAGAAACAAAACAGACAAACUACCUACAAUCACGUACCUAAUCCGAUAAGGAUAUUCGAACGCGCGUCGCCAGAAGGGUUGGGAUUAAACUGGGAGACAAACAAGAUCUAAUUGAAUCCUCACCCUUCCGUGCGCCUGUGUGUGUGUCUGUAUUGUGCAUGUGUGUGUUGUGAGUGUAGUGUUAUUAUUUUUUGCACGAACUUUUAAAAGCUCAUUAGAUUUUAACUCAGAACAAACAAAAAAAAUACAGAAAGUGUAAGAGUAGCAACAAAUCACUUACAAGAACAAACUCUAUAUUAGAAAUGAAACCAUGCAAACAAAAAAGGAUAAGGGCCAACUCCUUGCAUUUCCUUCGAAUAGACUAUUAAAGAUAACGAAUGUACAAAUGAACGAUAGUGGUGCGGUAGAGAGAGA